GGGAUCGUCAUUGUUCGUUUUUUUUCUCAUGUGAGCGUGUACGGCGGGAGAACGAAGAUAGCGCGAACCUUGAAGAAUAAGUUGAAAAGCCAAUUUUUCGGAAAUUCAAACUUGACCGCGAAAACCGUUGCGCGUGCAACGGACGCGCAAGCCAGAGAUGGUUUGGUACCCGAAGAUCUUCGCCAUUAAAAAGAAAGGCACAACAGGCACGGAGCUCCCAUUUCCAUCGGGGCGUUGCUCAAUUGGCGGGGACCCCACCUGUGACGUUCAGAUACGAAGCGCAGGAUCAGCACAUUGCAUACUUUUCAUUGACACGAACAAGCAGGCCCAUGUCAUCAAUGUCACUAGUACAAAGGAGGUUCUAAGGAAUGAUGAACAUGUUCCAAAUCAGGCUUUCUUGAGCCAUGGUGACAUUGUGACUGUUGGCUCACGCCAGUUUCGAUUUGAGUGGGUGUCCACGCAGAAGAAAAAAGGAAAGCAAUCUUCACCUGCUGCCACUGGUUCUCAGCAGCGCAAAGGAGGCCCAAGAGAGAGUUCAACAAUGGAAGGUGACACGGGCAAAGAAAGUCCUGUUGUGCAACAGGCGCACGGGACACCUGGCGUCUCUACACCUACAACUAGCUUCUUUGACCAAUCACACUACAAGACGCCUUGUAUUCCAACAGAAGUGUUUGUGUCACCUCUGUCUGCAUCCAACUCAAGUGAUGCUGGCCGUCAAACUGAAAGACCAAGUCGUUCCAGGAGUGCAGUAGCACAUGGAGCUGCAAGGAAUGGUGAAGCCACAGUGCAUGCCAAGAGGCUUUCUUGGAAUGAUGGUCUGCCAAAUUCUCCCUGUGAAGUGUCAGACUUCACCAGUUCUCGUAAACUCUUGAAAGCAAAAAGACAAGGUCCUAUUGCAACCACCUUUCCCACACCAACGCAAGGUGUAAGCUCUCCUAAAGGGCGUGAUGGUUGUGUCAUUGAUCUAGUUGCCGAAUCUUCAGUCAAUGGCCAACUGUAUGACUCAUCAUCUUCAACUCCCUUAAUAGACGAGCCAAGAAUGCGUGCAAUGCGCUCUAGAAGUUCUUUGGCAAGUAUGGGAGAUACCUCUGCUGAGCAUGAACGGUCUGCAUCACUCGGGAGACUGAGUAAGAGCCCGGUGAAAAGACGCCAGAGUUCUGAAAUUACGACAGAGGAGAAGUCUCCCAAACUGAGGCGGCAAAAUGGCUAUGAAGAUGUACAGGAUACGUCUUCGGCUAGUCACAGUGAUUGUAAUGGACAAUCUGUUUCGGGAAAAUCACUGGGCGAAAACUCUGUGGAAGAGUGCAAAACACACAUCAAGGGCCUUGCGACACCAAGCGCAGCUAGUGGAAUUCUUGUUGCCAGUACCCCAGUGGCAGGUGUGAUUUCAAGAAACAAUAGGAUGAAGAAUGGCAGUGCACGAAAAAGUAACAAGUUGCUGCGGCAGGCGCAGGAAAACAGAUCUGUUUAUUCCACUCCAGUGCUACAGAACAGCUGGUCAACUUCUAGUGCUGCCACACCUGAACUGUCAUUCUUAAGUACCCGUAGCAGUUCUCGCAUGACACGUCGAAGCUUCAAAGGGAAUGAGUCACUGGAUGGGUUGCAGACAUCCAACAUUUUGGAUGACACCUUAGGCUGUGAGUUCAUGUUCAAAACGCCUGGAUCAUCAUUUAACUUGAGUGCCACAAAAGAAUUAAACUCCAAAGGAAAUGGGAUGGUUCAGGAUGUGUCCGAUUCUUCAGCACCUAAUGAACCUGCCCAGAAGUCAUUAGUAAGCACUUCACAGGCCACAGAUACCAGCCUACUACACACUUCUGGAAGGAGGCGAAGCACUGCUUUUACAACGAUGUCCGAACAUAAUGAGGUGCCAGAGCUUGAGAUAGUUGGUACAUCACUGUCUAAACGUGCGAGCUUACACAGCAUUAACACUGCUGUGGAGAAAACCUUCAACAUGACUGGUGCAAGGUCCAGCCGCACACCAGCAUCAAAGAAAGUGGAUGCUGAGGUACUAGAGGGUGGUGUGUUUGGCACACCGAAUGCUUUGAAUGCUUCAAGAGCUAAGCGCACUCCUGCAUCUAAAAAAUCAGAUGAAGAGAUUGCAAAGCAAGGAGCGGUUGCCACUAUGCAGGCCCUUAAUGUUUCCAGCACUAAGCUAACUCCAGCUUCAAAGAAGGCAAAGGAAGAGGAGGUCCCACAGAAAGAAAUUGUAUGCACGUCACUGUCAGAACAUGUCAGUUCAGGCAAUGUGAAUGUUGCUCUGGAGAAUUCCUUGGGGUAUGGCAAUGCUCCUGCAUCAAUGAAUGUCACUGCAGGAGUGCCUGAGUCAUUUAGCACACCCAGCAAUUUAAGUGCGUCAAGGGCUAAGCGGACACCGGCUUUGAAGAAGGUCAACAAAGAAACAACAAAGCAAGAGAUGUCGGGAACCCCGAAGUCUGUGAAUAUUCUUGGAACCAAGGGAACACCAGCUGUGAACCACAUAAAUGAAAAAGAAGAGCAAGAUGCCACAAGCAUGUCUCUAUUUGAGGAUGCGAGUUCAAACGACAUAGAUAUUGCUCUGGGAGGACCUGUCGGCUCUGCCAGGAGGGCUAGAUCUGGCCGUGUGUCGGUUUCAAGAACACCAGCUUCAAGGAAACCAAACGAAAAGUUGCCUGAUGAAGUGAUUAUCAAUACUCCACGGAUGAAAAAUAAAUUGACUGAAGUUUCAGAUCGAAUGGAUGGGGAGGACCUGCAGCAGGGGAUUUGUGAAAUCACUAAUGGAUGCAUGACUAUGGAAACCAGGGAUGCUGUUUUGGAAGAGUCUUUCAGGUCAAGGAGCACAAGAUCUAGCAGCACAUCAGCCUCGUAUGUCCUACACUUUGACACCCCAGAGCUCGUAGCUGUAGGCACGCCAAACAGUUCCAAUGCUUCAAAAGCCAAGCGGACUCCAGCUUUGAAGAAAGCAAACAAUAAGGAAACAAGCCCAAACGAAGUGGGAACUCCAGGGCCCUUGAACAUCUCAGGACCUAACGAAAUAGUUACCUCAAACAAAGUAGAGGACUUUGAACAGCAUGCAGUAAGUGCUCAGACAUCAGACAGCGUGGACGUUUCUGCAGGAGAGUCUGUAAGGACAAGAAGGUCCAGUCGCAUUUCAGCCUCAAAGGAAGCAAAUGAAGAGGUACUGGAGCAGAAAGCACUUGGCAUGUCAGAUAAACCUAAUAUUUCAUCAGUGAAGUGUACACCAGUAUCUACGAAGACAAAUGGCUCUUCAGGGCAAGAGGGGGUGAACACUCCGCACAGCAAAAGAGUUUCAGUCUAUAAGCGAACACCAGCUUCAAACAAAGCAAAUCGAAAGGCUUCAGAGCAAGAGACAAUGGAAACAUCUCCAUUUAAACAUUUGACUUCAGACAACACAAAUGUUGAUUUGAAAGAGCCUGCCAAGAGUAGAGAUGCAAGGUCCAGCUGCACACUAUCCUCAAAGGAAGCAAAUACAGAGAUUCCAGAGCAGGAUGAAGCCAACUGUACCCCACCAUUUGUGAAGGGGACGGAAGAGACAAAAGAGGAAGAUGUGGUACACCUGCCACAGUCCAUCAGAACUUCAGGAGCUAAGCGGAAACCGGCCUCAAAGAAAGUUCAGCAAAAUGAGGUGUCAGAGUCGAAGUCACUGGACACAUCACAAUUGAAACAUGCGACUUCAAACAGUAUGCAUGAUGCUCUGAAAGAGUCUGUUAGAACUAGAAGUGGCAGGUUGAGCAGUGCUCCGGCAUUAAAGAAUCUAAGUGCAGAGGUGCCAGGGCAGGACACAGUCAGCACACCAAGCACUUCAAGUUGUUCAAGAGCUACACACACGCGAGUGUCUAUGAAUGAAGAGAGUACAAAACAAGGUGUGGCCGACACUACCAAGUAUUUCAGAGCUUCAGGAGCUAAGCGUACACCAGGCUUCUAAUAAGCUGAACCAAGAGAGUGAACAUUCGGAGUUGGAGUCAUUGAGCACAUCACCAUCCAAACAUGUGACUGCAGAUGGUACUGAAGUUGCUGUGGCAGAGUCUAUCAAGAAAAGGCACUCAAAGA